GCUACAACAAAAAGCCAGAUAACAGAAACCGCGCGUUCACAAAAAGCCACGAUAGUAGAGACCGCGCUGCAACAAAAACAAACCACAACAAAAAACCCCUACAACAGAAAACUCACGCUGUCAUAGAAACCCACUACAGGAGUAACGCUCACGCUGUCAGAAAAAGCCUACUACACCAGAAACCGCGCUGCAACAAAACGACAAUAGAACUCUCGCUGCAACAAAAAGACAAUAGAACCUCCGCUGCAACAAAAACCUACUACAGCAAAAACCCACCACUUCAAAACCUCACGCUGUCAUAAAACGCCCCCUCGACAGAAACGCCCAGGCUGCAACAAAAAGCCCCCUCAUCUAACCCCUCGCUAACCGCCCAUGACCUUCGGCCACGCCUUCAAAAAAAAACACUUCCCGGCGUCCGACAACGGCUUCGUCCCCGUCAACCACGGCUCCUUCGGCUUGCCCCCGCAGUGCGUCUUGGACAAGUACAUCGAGGCGCUCAUGGACGACGUGGCCAGCCCCGACACGUACAUCCGGCUCACCCAGCCCGCGCAGUACGCGGCGGCCACCCGGGCCGUGGCCCAGGUGUUGAAUUGUGCCCCCCAAAACGUGGCGCUCGUCGCCAACGCCACGUCCGGCGUCAACACCGUGUUGCGCUCGUUGCCCUUCAAAAAGGGCGACAAGAUCGCCUACGCCAGCACGACAUACGGGGCGUGCGCCAACACCGUGCAGUUCUUGGCGCGGGCGGUGGGCAUUGUGCCGGUGGCCGUGCCGCUCGACUUCCCCAUGCUGGCGGCCGCCGUGACCGCAAAGUUCGAGCACACGUUCCGCACGCACGACAUCAAGUUGGCGCUCUUCGACGCGGUGGUGUCCAUGCCGGGCGUGCGCAUGCCGUUCGAGGCCGUGGCGCGGGCGUGCGCUGCGCACGGCGUGUUGUCUUUGGUGGACGGCGCCCACCUGAUUGGGCUCAUCCCCGUGGACCUUGGCGGCGCCGCGUUCCGGCCGGACUUCUACGUGCUGAACCUCCACAAGUGGCUCUCGCUCCCGCGCGGCUGUGCGGUGUUGUACGUGGCGCCGCAGCACCACCGCGCCGUGCAGACCUUGCCCAUCAGCCACUCGUACGUGGACCCGGACGCGCCGCUCUCGCCCGAGGCCGAGGCCAACUUGCUCGCGCUGAAGUUCACGUUCGUGGGCUCCGACACCUUUGCCACGUUGGCGUGCAUCCCCACGGCCAUCGCGUUCCGGGCCCGCGAGUGUGGCGGCGAGGCCGCCAUCCGCACGUACUGCGAGGCCUUGGCCCGCCAGGCCGGCGCGUUGGCCGUGCGCCGCUGGCCCGGCGCGUGGCUCGUGGAGAACCGCGAGCAGUCGCUUGUCACGGCCAUGGUGUCGGUAGUGGUGCCAGUGGAGCAGUACAGCCGGGCGUUCGACGCCGCGGACGCCGCACAGAUGAAGCGCUUGGUGGACUUUGUGUCCGUGCACUUGCUCGAGAACUACCGCACGUUCGUGCCCUUUGCGGCGCACAACGGCAAGGUGGUCAUGCGCUUAUCGGCGCAGGUGUACAACGAGCUCUCGGACUACGAGUACGCGGUUGCAGCGGCGCAGAAGGCGCUCCGCGCGUUUUUCGCCCGCAAGAGCAGUCUCUAGCCGGUGCUUUCUUUGUGCGGGCCCUGUGAUUGGGCAAUGUAUCAGAAUUGGGAGGUGUAUCAGAAUUGGGAGGUGUAUCAGAAUUGGGAGGUGUAUCAGAGAUUGGGAGAUGUAUUCUAUGAUCUGUAUUUGGAGAUUGGAAGAUGUAUUUAGAAAUUGGGAGAUGUAUUUAAAUAUUGGAAGGUGUAUCUAGAGAUUGGAAGGUGUGUUUAGAGAUUGGAAGGUGUGUUUAGAGAUUG